AGGGGUAUCCGCCAUGCCUCAACUUACCUGGCCCCAACACAACACUUGAAGCUUGACACCAUUCACCGAAAAGUUGGUCUUGAGAUUUUCUACAAAUCUCUCUGAUUUUCGAAUGUAGUUGUAUAUCGCAACUAGGGUUGUGUGCGGCUCCAUCAUGGGUAAGUACUCGUCGAGGCUACAUCGGUCCUUCCUACUUUUUGCUCACCUCCUGCAUCAUCGACACCUCGCAAGGGCCGUUGUCAGAGCGAUCGGAAGCUGCAUUACAAGACCUCGGAAGGGGCCAACCGCGUCUAUUUUUUCGUUCUGGGAUUGGUUCGAUAGAAUGAUAGGGGCUGAAGCUCAUGUUGUUCAUCCUCAACACUCCCCUGAAGAGUCUUCUUGGGCGAGGAAGGGCAGGAUCUCCUGUAUCUGUAAGGGCCUUUUUCAGUUCAUUUUCUUACUCUGGGUUCUUCUAUUGGUCAUCAAUGUUGUCAAGACGGGUGUGAACUCAUCCUAAUCGAUGGUGCCGGGAAAUGACAUCCCGAAAUGCUAGACUGAGAGGCGUCUCAAGAAUACCAGUAGCCUUUCAAACUGCAGCUCCUCGACGUCUAGAU